GGCCUUCCCGGCGCAUGCGGGCCAAAGGGUGAGAGGUCGGCAAGAUGGCGGCCGCCUCCUCAGGGGAUGAGGUGCCGGACAACGAGGACUAUUACUCGCUGCUGAACGUGCGGCGGGAGGCCUCUCAGGAAGAGCUGAAAGCCGCCUAUCGCAGGCUGUGCAUGUUGUACCAUCCAGACAAGCACAGAGACCCAGAGCUUAAAAGACAGGCUGAGCAGCUCUUUAACCUUCUUCAUCAGGCUUAUGAAGUGCUUAGUGACCCACAGACAAGAGCCAUCUAUGACAUAUAUGGAAAGAGAGGCCUCGAAAUGGAAGGAUGGGAGGUGGUGGAGAGGAGGAGGACGCCUGCCGAAAUCCGGGAGGAAUUCGAACGCUUGCAGAGAGAGAGGGAGGAGAGAAGGCUUCAGCAGCGGACUAACCCCAAGGGGACAAUUAGCGUUGGAAUAGAUGCCACCGACCUCUUCGACCGCUAUGACGAGGACUAUGAAGAUGUGUCCGGGAGCAGUUUCCCCCAGAUCGAAAUCAACAAAAUGCACAUAUCCCAGUCCAUUGAAGCCCCGCUUACUGCCACGGACACUGCGAUCCUGUCAGGAAACCUCCGCAUGAGGGAUGGGAGCGGUGCCGGUUAAACGUGAUUGCCCUUGUACGCGGUGGUGACGUCUGCCAAAGGAUGGGGAGAGCUGGAGUUUGGAGCCGGAGACCUGCAGGGCCCUUUGUUUGGUCUGAAAGUGUUUCGGAAUCUCACACAAAGAUGCUUCAUCACAACAAACUUUGCCCUGCAGUUCUCCUCCCAUGGGAUGCGGCCGGGCCUUACCACCGUCCUGGCACGGCACCUGGACAAGAACACGAUGGGGUAUUUGCAGUGGCGCUGGGGCAUUCAGUCAGCAAUGAACACGAGCGUCGUCCGGGACACCAAAACUAGCCAUUUCACAAUGGCAUUUCAGCUAGGCAUUCCUCACUCCUUCAUGAUGGUCAGCUACCAGCAUAAGUUUCAGGACGACGAGCAGACACGGGUGAAAGGAUCUCUCAAGGCUGGCUUCUUUGGGACCAUUGUGGAAUAUGGAGCAGAGCGGAAGAUCUCCAGGCACAGCAUCCUCGGAGCCACUGUAAGCGUCGGCGUCCCCCAGGGAGUGUCUUUGAAAAUCAAGCUGAACCGAGCCAGCCAGACCUAUUUCUUUCCCAUUCACCUGACGGACCAGCUGCUACCCAGUGCGGUCUUCUAUGCCACCGCAGGACCCCUUGUCGUCUACUUUGCCAUGCACAGACUCAUCAUCAAGCCCUAUCUCAGGGCCCAGAAGGAGAAGGAGCUGGAGAAGCAACAGGAGAACACGGCCAGUGAUAUACAACAGAAGAAGCAGGAGGCAGAAGCUGCUGUGCAGCUGAUGCAAGAAUCUGUCCGAAGGAUAAUCGAGACGGAAGAAGCAAAAAUGGGCCUGAUCGUGGUGAAUGCUUGGUACGGAAAGUUUGUCAACGACCAGAGCAGGAGGAACGAGAAGGUGAAAGUCAUAGAUGUGACGGUGCCCUUGCAAUGCCUGGUGAAGGACUCCAAGCUCAUCCUCACAGAAGCAUCCAAGGCUGGUUUGCCCGGGUUCUAUGACCCUUGCGUUGGGGAGGAGAAGAGUCUGAAAGUGCUGUACCAGUUCCGAGGAGUUCUGCACCAAGUGAUGUCUGCCGACAACGAGGCGCUUAGGAUACCAAAGCAAUCUCACCGGAUAGACACGGAUGGCUAAUUUGGCGGCGAAGCAAGGAAGAUGCCAGGUUCUACACCAGGGGUUCUGCAGAAACUGUGCCAUCUUUUCUCCCUGGAUUCAAUAUGUCUUCGGGGCCACUGGAGAUGCUUCUAAUUUUAUGAUCUUUUCGGAAAGGCUGGUUUUUACACCAAUUACGUUACGGGACAAAUGAGACGGAGCGGCUUCAGACGAGAGCAAAGCCCGGGUGCCACAGGGCUGAUGCAGCUGGCAUAUGGCAGGGUUUCCUGUCUUGCCAUCCUCCAGGCGUUGGAAGGGGGAAUGGAGGGUGGGCACACUCUCCCAGCCCCAGGACCCCAUUAUCUUCAGCCAGGGGGACUUUGGGAAAGGAGGGUAGUCAGAUGAGCUGGAAGUGAGAUUUGUUACUUGUGCAGGGUCGGGUUAUUUCAGGUGAAGAAUAUGGGGUGGUGAUGGUUAAAGGAAUGAACUGUCUUGGCCCCCACCUGUCCACCCCCUGCUCCUGCGGUGGGGUGGGUGGGAAACCUCAGUAUGCUCAGUGCAGCAAGACGAUGUAGUGUUCACAUCUUUUCCAAAAUGAAAACAUCUUUUUAACGUAAACUGUCCUGGGACACACUAUUAAGCUCAGCAGUUGAUCAUGCCAGCUUGGGAAUGGAUACAUUCGGUAAGAACAGCACCCCUGUCAGACUUCUGCCAAUGGUCUCAGCAGGCUGUCGAACGAACAUCCCUUCCUUGGGGCUGCACGUUUUCUUCCUGAUGGUCAUACUAGGAAAAGGGUGGGUGGAGGGGAAAUGGGGACGCCAAAUGGAUACGAACUGAGGGUGCCAAAUAAGCGCGAAUCUCUGGGCAGAGGGGUAACCGUCCCUUUUAAUGCUGUGAUGUGUUAAUCUCUCUGGGCCUGGGGCUGCUGUUGUGCCACCAAGAGCAGCUGCAUCACCUGUUUCUGCUGGUUUGCCGGCAUCCUCGAUGCACCCGCUUUUCCUUUUAUGCAAGCUCUCCGAAAGCGGGUGUGUCUAAAUGGAAGUAAGCACGGCAGCAACUGGUUAUCCUUGAACCACGCACAAUGAUGAGAUACUUCACCUCCCACAGUUGUUUUGUGUCCUCGCGGAUCUCUUUUCCGUGGGCCCCACAUUCCGACCCCCUCAAUAAGCCAUAGCCUUUAACCUGAGCAAAACAAUAGGCGAUUCCAAGGAAUCUUAGACACGACCUUCAUCCUCCAAAUCACAUGUGGCUCCCUUUCUUUUUAUGUGACCGAUGCCUUGGUAUGCUCUGUGGCCAGCCCCAAAUACUCUUCCCUUCUUUCAUUUUAAGUAUUGUGCAGUAAAGAUUCCCAUUCUCCCCAGGUUCUCGGUUCUCCAGGUGGAUCCUUCCAGCAUCCUUCAGAGCUGUUGGGAGAAAAGACACUUUGCAUGUCCGUAAUCAUCCCUGUAGCAAAGCAGUGAUGUAGUGAACGGCAACGAUUUUAAUCCAACGACAGGCUUGGAAUGGGGGGGUUCUCAGGGGCUCCACGCAGAGCAUCAGAAGCCACACAGCUUUCUUAUACUUGGACAACCGCCUCUGCAACGACAGUCUUCCUUCCCUUCUCCUCCUCUCUGUGGCAGGGAACUUUGCAAAGCGCAUGACGUGCUGCUGAGGGUGGGGCCUCCGGUUUCUACUGUAACAAAUAAUGACAAUAAAAUUGACCCACUUUGUGGUA